GUUCUGACUUUGUUGUUUUCGAAGUAAUUUAGGAAAGCGGUUCCGAAAUUAAAGUGAGAUGAAGAAAAAUAUUAUUAAAUAUUAUUUACCAAAAGAAAAUCAUAAUCUCGUUGUUCACAUCGAUUUUUUUCGGAGCUCUAAUGACAGCUGAAGUAUUCACAAGUGUUUUGCAAUUGAUUUUUUAAAUAUUAUUUAAAGAAAUGGCAAUGAGUGAAGGAAGCGAUAGUUCUCAUCCAACACGAUCGUCGUCAUUCCACAGGGACAACAUAGCUUUGCAUGAGUUGGAUGAAUCCGACGAAGAGCGCGAGCUGACCAAUCUAAAUUGGCUCUUAAGGAAUCAAAACUUGACGUGGGCAAAAACCAUUAUUGAUUCACACACAGAAGAACAUUUCAAAGCCAGCUCUGAAAGCCACAACUCAAAUAUUCGAACAAACCAAACGAAACCGGUAUUGCUAACAAAAUGUGUUACUAAAUCGCAAAAAACAAUUCCAAAACGACCAUCGCCAUCUGAACGCUAUGAGAUAUUUCUCAACAAAAUUAAGCGUGAUUUAACAGAAUAUGAAAAGUUAGCCCCCAAAUAUGAAACAGAUGUUACCGAAAAACCGCCAUUUAAUUAUUCUCAUAUUAUUGGCAUGGCUAUGUUAAAAAAUGGACGCGUAACAUUGCAAGAGAUUUGCUCGUGGAUUGAGUCUAAGUUUGCGUUUUUCCGAGUUCGCAAGAAAUGGAAUAAUUCUAUUAGGCAUAACUUGUCACUUCACCACUGCUUCCGCAAUAGGAAACGCGAAGAAAAGAAAGGGAAAGGCGGAUACUGGGAGUUGGGAGUUGAUCCCAAGAAAUGUGAAAGAAAGCGCAUUCGUAACAGAAAACUAUGUAAACAGACUGUUAAGGAUCCAAAUAUAAAAAAAUGCCAGAAAAUAAUAGAACCAAAUACACAGAUGCAAAAUAUUGCUCAAUCUGAAGAACAAGUUUCGUUAUACACCAUAUAUGAUAAGGAAACAAAAAAAAUACGCUAUGGCGAAGGCGAAAAGAGCCUCUAUAGUUUAAUCUCUGAGAAAAGAGACACAGCCAAUAUGGUUUUUUCUUCUACAUUCAAUGGCAUAGUGGAACCUACAUCACUUACCGAAGGAGACAAUAUUCAGGAAUCUUGCAACAUAACUGUUAAUUAUGAUUAUUCAAACUUUCGACCCUUAAUAGACAGUCUGGAUGACCAGUUUCACUAUCUCCAAAAUAGCGGGGAGUACAGUAGGAACGAUGAUAUUUUAGAUAAUAUUCUGGAUGUUUGUGUUAAUCACUAUUAAAAAUAUAUACAUACAUGUAUCAUGCUUUCCGACUUUAAAGACAAGUCGCAAGGUAUCACCAUACGCUUUGUCCAUGCACUAGCAUGGAUAGUACCCCAGACCCUAUAAAGUUGAUAUUCGUAUUUCAAAUUAUUGUUUCGUAAACUUCGGCACGCCGGAUUUUUUUACCCUUGCAGAU